UUUGCAGUUAUUGAUGAAGCAAGGCAGCUUGGAAAAGGAAAUGUCUGGUCUUGUAUGUCACAAAUUAUUAACUGCUUUUUCAGUAUCUUGAUGAUGAUUAUUGUGUAUAUUACAACACAAUGCUAUUUCAGAAAUUUCACUUUUGUUUUUUAAGUUUGUUUGAUGCAAGAUUUUGAAGUGGGUAUUUGAAGAAACCGCCAUUGGUGUUUCAAAUGAAGCUUCUUUGGUAGCGGUUAGGGUGAUCUGGUCCAAUGCAGCAUAACAAAUCUGUCAUGAGAAACAAGUUUGCUUCACUGCUUGUUUUAUCUCUUGUUACAGUGGUUUUAAGCAUCACUGACCCUGGGGACCUUGAUGUCUUAAUGCAAUUCAGAGAUGGACUUGAGAACCCUGAGCUCUUGAAGUGGCCUGAAAAUGGAGGUGACCCUUGUGGUCCUCCGAGUUGGAACCAUGUUUUCUGUGCUGAGUCCCGGGUUACUCAGAUUCAAGCUCAAGGUAUGGGGUUGAAGGGUUCUUUGCCACAAAACUUGAACAAGCUCACCAUGCUCAACAACAUAGGUCUCCAAAGAAACCAAUUGAAUGGAAAGUUGCCAUCUUUUAGUGGCUUAUCGAAUUUGCAGUAUGCUUAUUUGGAUUACAACAAUUUUGAUUCAAUUCCAGCUGAUUUCUUUGAUGGCUUAGAUGAUUUGGAAGCGUUGGCAUUGGAUCACAACAAUUUUAAUGCCACAACUGGCUGGUCAAUCCCCAAGGCUUUACAAAAUUCUGCUCAAUUGACUAACUUUUCUUGUAUGAGUUGUAAUUUGAUUGGUUCAUUGCCAGAUUUUCUUGGUUCCAUGCCUUCUUUGACAAACUUGAAGCUUUCUGAUAAUAAAUUAUCCGGUGAAAUUCCAAACACCUUCAAUGGCAGUGUUCUGCAGAUGCUUUGGCUGAAUGGGAAUCAAUUUACUGGACCAAUUGAUGUAGUGGCAACAAUGGAGUCCCUCACAGUUCUAUGGCUGCAUGGAAACCUUUUCUCUGGACCAAUCCCAGACAACAUUGGUAACUUAACUCUCUUGCAAGAUCUCAAUCUUAAUACAAAUAACCUUGUUGGUUUAAUUCCUAAUAGUUUAGCAAACAUGAAACUGGACACCAUAGAUUUAAACAAUAAUCAGUUUAUGGGUCCAAUUCCAAUGUUUAAAGCUUCAAAUGUGACUUGUGCUUCAAACAAGUUUUGUAAAGCCAGUCAGGGACUUCCUUGUUCCCCAGAAGUUAUGGCACUUUUAAGAUUUCUUCGUGGGGUGAAUUACCCUUCCAGGCUUGUUUCUUCUUGGACUGAUAACGAGCCUUGCAAUUGGGUGGGAAUUAGAUGUAAUGGUGAGAAAGUUUCAAUCAUAAACUUGCCCCAUUAUAAUCUUUCUGGUACUUUGAGUCCUUCAGUUGCAAACUUGGAUUCCCUUUCUCAAAUUAGGCUUCAAUCUAAUAAUCUAAGUGGUCCGGUUCCGGAUAACUGGACGAGCUUGAAAUCUCUGGAAACUUUGGAUCUCAGUGGCAAUAACAUAUCUGGUCCAUUACCAAAAUUUGGUAGCACUGUGAAGCUUUUAAUAGCUGAUAAUCCUUUAUUGAAUGGUGAUAAGAAAGCCCCUUCCACCGGGGACAAUGCACCAUCCAGGAGUUUGGGUUUUCCAACCAAUAGCCGAUCUACCUCGUCAAAAGGUUCAGGGUCUAGUCCUACUGAUUCUUCCGUGGAAUCAACCGAACCAAAAGGGUCCAAACAAAGCACAUUUGUUUCAAUUGUUGUUCCGGUUGCGAGUUUUGUGGUUCUUGCCUUUCUGGUUGUUCCUUUAUCUAUCUACUGUUGUAAGAAAAGACAAGACAGUAAGUUGGCUCCUUCCUUGGUGAUUCACCCAAGGGAUCUGUCUGAUUCAGACAAUGCGGUUAAGGUUGUUGUUGUGAGUAACACCAAAGGAAGCACUUCUGCACUAACAGGGAGUGGCUCUGCAAGCAGGAACAGUAGCAACAUUGGGGAGUCUCAUAUUAUUGAAGCUGGAAACUUAGUCGUAUCAGUUCAAGUUCUUCGAAACGUGACAAAAAAUUUCGCACCUGAAAACGAGCUUGGCCGUGGUGGCUUCGGAGUAGUUUAUAAAGGGGAACUAGAUGACGGGACACAAAUUGCAGUUAAAAGAAUGGAAGCUGGUGUGAUUACAAGCAAGGCUUUGGAUGAAUUCCAGUCUGAAAUUGCAGUCCUUUCAAAGGUCCGGCACCGUCAUUUGGUAUCUCUUUUGGGUUAUUCCAUUGAAGGCAAUGAGAGAAUUCUUGUUUAUGAGUAUAUGUCUCAAGGAGCUCUUAGCCAGCAUCUUUUCCAUUGGAAGAGCCUGAAAUUGGAGCCUCUAUCUUGGAAGAGACGACUAAAUAUUGCCCUGGAUGUAGCUAGAGGAAUGGAGUAUCUUCACACACUGGCUCACCAAAGCUUCAUACAUAGAGAUCUUAAGUCUUCAAAUAUUUUACUUGGUGAUGAUUUCAGAGCAAAAGUUGCGGAUUUCGGUUUGGUAAAACUUGCCCCUGAUGGGGAGAAAUCUGUUGUGACGAGGCUUGCCGGGACUUUUGGUUACUUAGCACCGGAAUAUGCAGUGACAGGAAAAAUCACGACCAAAGCUGAUGUCUUUAGUUUCGGAGUUGUGCUGAUGGAACUUCUAACUGGAUUGAUGGCACUAGACGAUGGUAGACCCGAAGAAACCCAGUACUUAGCUGCAUGGUUCUGGCAUAUCAAAUCAGACAAGGAGAAACUGAGGGCAGCCAUCGACCCUACUCUCGACAUAAAAGAUGAAACUUUCGAGAGUAUUUCCAUCAUUGCUGAACUAGCUGGACAUUGCACAGCAAGGGAACCCAACCAAAGGCCAGACAUGGGCCACGCUGUGAAUGUAUUGGCUCCACUUGUUGAAAAAUGGAAACCAUUGGAUGAUGACAGUGAUGAAUAUUGUGGCAUCGAUUACAGUCUUCCACUUAACCAGAUGGUGAAAGGUUGGCAAGAAGCUGAAGGAAAGGAGUUUAGUUAUAUGGAUUUAGAAGACAGCAAAGGUAGUAUCCCUGCUAGGCCUACUGGUUUUGCGGAUUCAUUCACUUCAGCUGAUGGUCGAUGAAAAAGAGGUAAAUCCGCUGCAUAUUUCCUUUUAAUAUUUUUGUUCAUUUGGGAGUUGUAGAUAGCUGUUUGUGUUCUAUCUAUUUGAGAAUUCAAUGUUAAUAUAUAAAUUUUUCUUGUUUGCGGUUGGUUUUUA